UUCUGCUUGUCUCACCAAAUGUAAUAAUAUGAACUCGGCAAUAAAGCAGUGCAAAACGGCAAAAGGUAUUCCGGCUAUAUUAUACAAAGGUAUUAAAUUUGGAAAGGACUCACACACUGUAAAAGGUGAUAUUACGUGGAAAUGCUUGAAAAAGAACUGUACUUUUACGAUAAAAACUAGUUCGGAUACUUCUGUGAUUCAUAGUUUAACGGGUCAACAUUCGCAUGAAACAGUGUCAUAUACCGAAAAUGAUGCUGCUCCCAGCUUGGAACAGGAGAAUGAACACUUAAAGGCGCGAAUCAAAGUUCUGGAAGAACAAUGGAAUGCCGCAAUUAAUCGGUCUAUGGAUCUUGAUAUUCGCCUCAUGGAAUUAUCAUCUUGUGAGUCGCGAAUGAAUGAUAAAACUGAAAAUGUGGAUAAUUUCACACACGUAAAUUCACUUAUAGAUCGAUUGAGCCAGUUUCUUAGAACGGAACUCCUUUCUGAUGCGGACAUUGACUGUUUUUGUAGUUAUUUAAUUGAUUCGUUUCCAGGAAAUUAUGUGGUCCUACCAGCAGUAACAGCAAUGAUCAUCAAUGACGCGGAAGCUGAUUUAUCAUUCUUAAGAAAUAAUGUAAAAGAAAAUAAUUUCACUGCUUUCGUGAUAAAUGACGGUCGGCAGGAAGAAGCAAAUGACGGCUGGUGUGGUUCUCAUUGGAGUGUUGUUGUUUAUGAUUCUUUACACUGUAAAUUUUAUAUUCUGGACUCAAUGAACAAAUGUAAUGAGAGAUUUUCCAUGUCUCUGAUAAGAAGAGUUAGCUCAAUCCUAACCUACAAGAAGAUAAUUACCCUUCCAUGUCCUCAACAGACUAAUAACUACGAUUGCGGUGUUUUUGCAAUGUAUUUUUUGGAAGAAGUAUUUAAAUAUAGGAAAAUGUGUAGUUCAACCUGUCUCGAGGAUGGUCUCUCUCUUAAAGUCAGCUAGCAUGAAACCAUUAAAAAACGUAGUCAGAAUCUUUGGC